AUGGCCAAACACAGAGACUUGUGCUGCUUGAAGUGUCUGGUGGAGGUGGAAGUCUGCUGUCAUCGGGACGUUGUGUUUGGGCAUGUUGGGAGCUCGACAGAGGCGGCCAAACUGGGCGAGAAGCGACAACAGGUACACUUCAACCUGUUAAUGGGGGGACAAACUGACCUAAGAAGCCGAGAUGGCGAAAAUCUUUGUCGCUCAUCAUUUCACAUACAUCCCUGGCCUCGAUAUAGCCCCGGUCUCUUUAACUCUCUUUCUCUGCUCCUCCCAACCUUAGCUUCAUCUUCACCUUUUACCACUAAACUGCCACAAACGUGA